UCCCUCAGCCCAAGAAGAUUUGGUUGAAAUGAGAAAGUGAAACCCCUAGGCCUGAGAAAGCCUCUUCCCUUUUAGAAAACUAAUUAGCAGAGUGGAAAAACCUCAGACCCCAGUCUACCCAAUCCCUCGGGGAGGCAGGGAAGCAAAGAGGCGCAGGUCUUUGGGCCUCUUUCGGCGCCCUGGGCGGGGAGGAGACAUGGACAAGUUUAAGACAGUGCUGGACUUGUACCUCAAGCACCGCAGCGCGCUGGGCUAUGGCUUGGUGACUCUGCUGACGGCGGGAGGGGAGAAGAUCUUCUCGGCGGUGGUCUUUCAGUGCCCCUGCAGCGCGGCCUGGAACCUGCCCUACGGCCUGGUCUUCCUACUGGUGCCCGCACUCGCGCUCUUCCUGCUGGGCUACGUACUGAGCGCGCGCACCUGGCGCCUGCUCACUGGCUGCUGCGAGCGCGCCCGGGGCUGCGCGCGCCCGCGGGGCGCCCUGGUGUGCGCGCAGCUGAGCGCGGCCGCGGCGCUCGCGCCCCUCACCUGGCUGGCCGCGGCGCUGCUUGGCGGCUCCUUCUACGAGUGCGCGGCUAGCGGGAGCGCGGCGCUCGGGCUCUGGCUGUGCGGAGACCGCGACUCCUCCUGCCCCGCGCAGCUGCCGCUGGUGCCCUGUGGCCAGGCCACGCCGCCCACGGUGCAGGACCUGCUGAAGGAACUCAAGGCGCAGUCGCAGGUGCUAGGCUGGGUCCUGAUUGCUGGGGUUAUCAUCCUCCUCCUGAUCUGUACGUCUGUCACCCGAUGUCUGUCACCCAUUAGUUAUCUACAGCUGAAAUUCUGGAAAAUCUACUCGGAAAAGGAGCAGCAGAUCCUUAAAAGUCAAGCCACAGAGCACGCAACUGAAUUGGCAAAAGAGAAUAUUAAAUGUUUCUUCGAGGGCUCCCGUCCGAACGAGUACAGCACCCCGAGCAUUAAGGACUGGCAGCAGAUUUCAUCACUGUACACUUUCAAUCCUAAGGACCAGUACUACAGCAUUUUGCACAAGUAUGUGAAUAGAAAAGAGAAGAGUAACAGCAUCAGAUCUGUUGAAGGAGAUUCCGUGAUUCCCGUCCUUGGCUUUGUAGAUUCCUCUGGGAUCAGUAGUGCACCAGAGUUGUAACUAAACAAAUAGGAAAAAAAUUCUUUUAAAAUAAUACUUCAUUUUAAAAAAUGGAUAGUAUGACUGCUUUUUGUCCUUCUAAAUUGUGGGAUUUCAUAUCUGAAACUGAAAUAUAAAGCUUAGCCUCUUUAUUAUAUUACUUAACAAGUAAACAAAACCAAGGGAAAAUGAAGCCCGAAAAGUGGCCGCAAAGCCUGGGGACAACUGCACUAGAAUUCUUAUAUCCUUAUUUUGGAGUCCUCACAUAACACAACUUUUAUAAUGCUACUUUCAAAUAAAAGACUUUAGUAUCAAAGCAGUAAAAGAGCAAUUGAACUUUAGACCUUUCCUAUAGAUUAUCUGAUGUUAAUUUCAAACUCACAUUCUAACCUGUAACCACAGCUCAUUAAGUACCUAAAAACUUCUGCAUUUUAGCCCACUCUGUGCCAUAAUGGAAACACAUUAAACUGCCAGUCACGCUUUUUUGUGGCCAUUCAAAUAUUGCAUAUUCUGGCUAUAAUAUGGUUACUAUACAAAAAUUAAUCAUGAAAAGGAAGAUAAUUUUUAAAAAUACAAAAAUGGAGUAGUUUAGGACAGCCAUAGACAAUAACUUUUGGUUUUAGUUUGUGAGAUUGGAGGAGACAUUUUAAAGCUAUUAUGGUAAAUGUAAAAUAUUCUGAAAGGAUAGUGUUAUGGACCCGCCAUUCAAUCUGUAUGCAGCUUCAAUAGAGUAUGGAAGUCAGAUAAGACUGGAGCUAUACAAAUAAUUGCAAGUGUAAACAUUAUGUACUACGAAUAAAUACUAAUAAAUUAUUUUAAAAUUUUAAAA